AUGUUGUGUUCAUCUCCAUCGUCCAACUCUAUCUCGCCUCGAUCGUUAACGGUCGCAGACGCUCUUAGUGAAGCGAUUUCCUUCCAUCCAACUGAACUUGGCCAUCCUGGUCGCAAACUGUUUCGACUGGUUCAUUCGGAAAGUGUAAGUUUGUUUAUUUGUUGUAGAAAUGUAUAAGUUCAUGAAAUUUACGAAUUUUUAUGUCUUGUUGCUGAAAAAUGUGAAGAAAUUUGAAUUUUGUGACCUAACAUAAUUUUGAGAAAUCAGUUCAUAUUUGCUGUUACUUCGGUGUGGUUCGGUCGUUUUUCGGCUGAUUUUGUGUAAAAAUGGGUAAUAAGAAGGUGCAUCGUUUACAGGACCGUGGUUUCUAUUCGCCGGUACUGAAGCAAUUGGCCAGAAAUGCUUUGAAAUUCUUCGUCCAACACUUUGAAGCCAUGAGUCGACGGAAGCGACAAGAAUUCUCGAAUUCUUUCUUCAAGUCGCGCCAUUUGAACGACAAGUAUCCAUUUCGAAUUGCUGUAGGUUUAUUUAAAAGUUUUAUGAUUGAUUUUAACUUUGUUUUUGAACUUUUUUAUCUAUAUUAACAUUGUUACCUAUUUAUUGUUUGUAAAUUCAUUUUUGGAAAAAGUUUAAGGAAAGUUUGAGUAAUAUAUAAUGUUUUCAGCUUAUAAAUGAAAAGUUCAAGAACACCGUCAAGUCGGAUGGACACAAAAUGGCGAUCGUGACCAGAGGCUUCUGCUACAAUGCCUACUUUGACGAUGUUUUGAUGUGGACACUAAAUUGUGGUGUUAUCUACGAGAUUGGCUUUCUUCCAUCUCGAGUCGGUCGUCUUGUUGUUGAAGGUGUUGAUAAAGAGGAUUUGAGUAAUCUGGAAGAAAUGUCAUACAUGUUGGAAGGUAAGAUUUUGGUCUUUAUAUUGUUAUAGGUAUUCAUUUGCGAAGUUUUUUUGUUUUUUCUAAUGUAGGGAAUAAUAUUUUUGAUUUAUAUUGUUUUAGACAUUGAAAUCUUGUCAAUUCCGUUGAUGCCAGCCGCCAGUCAUCUGGGUAUUGAACUUAUUCACAGUUUUGACAAAACUUUAAAGUCCUUGGAUUGCUCAGCAUUGUUAUUGAAGAAUCCGGCGAUCAAAACGUUGAAGUUGAUAGAAUUGAGAGUUACAAACGUCUCUUGGGCGGAUGGUGAGUUAGAUUAUAUUUUAGAAGUAGAUUAUUGAUAGUUUUUAUUGUUUAAUAUCUUGAAAAAGUUUUUACGUUUUUGGUAAUUAACUAUUUUCAGAUUUGAAUGAUUUGUUCAGCUUCCGAACUACUUCUCUUGUUGUCAAUGCAUCUCCAGUCUUGAGUGUAAGUUUAUUUCGGCUUUAUGGUUGCUAAUAUUAUAUUAUUUUGCUUUUUAAGAAUGAAUCAUGGUGUUUGUGUUGUCUAUUACUUUUUUGUAUAUUAAAAAAGGCUUGUUUUUAGGUUAUCUCUCAUGGUCGUCUUCAUACCUACAACCCGUUGGUGCAAAAGUUAAAAUUUGUAAAUACUCAUCCCGUCUCCGAAGGUCAAUUGAUGGCCGCGAUGACCAUGAUCUUCAGGAUCUUUCCAAAUCUGCAGAGUCUGGAGUUCGAAUGUGUGAAAGUCAUGUUUGGCGAACUGGUAUGUCAAUUUAUUGUCAAAUUUCUUCUUUUUAGUAUUUUUAAGGAUGGUUUUUUGGUUUUUGAAAUAGUAUUGUAGAGGUACCUAUUAUUUGAUAGUUACCUCUUGUUUUUUAGAGCGACAAGUUGGUCAAGUUUCCUGAUUUAUGUGCUCGAGUUUUCCAAGAGUUGUGUGGUUGCACGACCUUGAAGUUGUUUUUCGAGUUGAAGAUUUUUCUCAUGUCCUACAAUGUAAGUUAAUAUCAAGUAACUUAGAGGAUUUUUUGUGUGUAUUAUAUUUCUAAGGUGAUAAGUUUUGCUAAACUCAAUGCGUAACAUUAUAGUUUAGACUAUAUUUGAUUUAUUUUUAUGUUUUGUUAUAACGUUAGCAUAAGAUUGUUUACAACGCUGUUUUACAGGCAGACCUAGUCGAAAUAGUCAAAGUGUCGGCCGACUUGAACUCUCUGCCGUUCAGCGAAGAUGAGGUCAACUCGAAACAGGUCACAAAAAGAAUCACGUUGGACCGAACCUUCGAUACCCAUCGUAUUGUUAUCAUCACCGAACAUUUGACCAAGCCGAUCCGCGAGCUUAAACUCACGCCGGCCACCGGUACCGUUCCUGUACAAAGAUUUCGUAGCAACGUGUAA